GCUGUCUCCUUGUCCCCCUUCUAACGCUAAUAAACUCAUUCUCCUCUUUUCUCUCCCUCACUCUCUCCCUCUCCUUAAACACCACUCACUAAAAACAUAAACACACACACAGUUUAUUUCUUCACUCCUUCCUUAAUUAAUUAACCUAAUCAUUUUACACAUUUGAAAAAUUUCCGAUGGAAAGCGCCGGCGGGAUUUUCCACACGGCCUAUAGCUACGGCGCUCAAUUCACACCUGAGAGGAGGCUCUCGGACGCCAAGACCGGCGACCCUUUCGUAAUUGAGGACCUCUUGGACUUCCCCAGCGACGACGGCGGCGGCAUCGAGGCGACGGUGGCGGUGGAGAACACUUCGUUAUCAUCUGUCAACACGGCCGAGGAUCCGCCGCUGGGUGGCUUCCACUCCGCCGGCGGUCACUUUUCCGGUGACCUUUCUUUGCCGUACGAUGACGUGGCCGAGCUAGAAUGGCUCUCCAACUUCGUCGAGGACUCUUUCUCAAGCGAGGAGGACCUCCACAAGCUGCACUUCAUCCAAGGAACCAAGGCCCGACCCGAAAACCAAUCCCGGGCCCACCACCAACACAAAUUCCAGCCCGAACCCGCCCGACCCGAAGUCCCUAUCCCCGCCAAGGCCCGCAGCAAGCGCUCCCGCGUUGCAUCCGGGAAUUGGGCCUCCCACCUCCUCUGGGCCGAGUCUGAGGCCACCGGGCCCACGGACCAGCUCGGCCCACAGAAGGGGACUGGACCCGGUCCCACCGGCGGCAGGGAGGAGGGGAGGCGGUGCGUCCACUGCUCGACGGACAAGACCCCACAGUGGAGGACCGGGCCCAUGGGCCCGAAGACUCUGUGCAACGCGUGUGGGGUUCGGUACAAAUCGGGCCGGCUGGUGCCCGAGUACAGGCCCGCGGCAAGCCCAACUUUCGUCCUCACGAAGCACUCGAACUCGCACAGGAAGGUGCUGGAGCUGAGGCGGCAGAAGGAGAUGGUGCGGGCCCACCAGCAGCAGCCGAAUGUGAUGUUUGAUGUAUCCAACGGUGAGGAUUACUUGAUUCAUCAACACGUAGGGCCAGAUUUCAGGCAGCUGAUUUAGAGCUCUUUUUUUUUAGUUUCUUGGAUUUUACCACGUUAUUUGAAUUAAUUUGGAAGGUUAUUUCUUGACUUUUUUUAAUGUUUACGUUUUUGCCAAAAUCUUGCAAAUUAUUGAACAUCUUUGGGUUGAGUCUGCAUGG